GCGGGAGCGGGGCCGCUACGUGCGCGGGGAGCGCGGGGCUGCGCUCGUGUGCGCUCGCCGCCGCCGCCGCGCGCCUUUGAGUCAGCAAACUCCGCCGCUGGCCCGCCGGCUGGUGCGAUCUGCCCAGCCCUGCCGGGAGGAGCCGCCCGUAAGUGACAGGAGACCUGCCGCGGAGGCCUCCCCAGCUCCGGGAGUGGGCACCUCGGCCGGGGGACUAGCCGACCGCCCCUUCUUUCCCACAGGAAGACGUGGGGCCCUUCCAGCUGCGCGCAGAUUGAUCGUGUCCUGUGAAGAUGUUUCCAGAACAACAGAAAGAGGAAUUUGUCAGCGUCUGGGUCCGAGAUCCUAGGAUUCAGAAGGAGGACUUUUGGCAUUCAUAUAUUGACUAUGAGAUAUGUAUCCAUACUAAUAGCAUGUGUUUUACAAUGAAGACAUCCUGUGUACGAAGAAGAUAUAGAGAAUUCGUGUGGCUGAGGCAGAGACUCCAAAAUAAUGCAUUGCUGGUACAACUGCCAGAACUUCCAUCUAAAAACCUGUUUUUCAACAUGAACAAUCGCCAACACGUUGAUCAGCGUCGCCAGGGUCUGGAAGAUUUCCUCAGAAAAGUCCUGCAGAAUGCACUUUUGCUUUCAGAUAGCAGCCUUCACCUCUUCUUGCAGAGCCAUCUGAACUCAGACGACAUUGAGGCCUGUGUUUCUGGGCAGACCAAGUACUCUGUGGAAGAAGCAAUUCACAAAUUUGCCUUGAUGAACAGACGUUUCCCUGAAGAAGAUGAAGAAGGGAGAAAAGAAAAUGAUGUAGAUUACGAUUCAGAAAGUUCAUCCUCUGGGCUUGGACACAGUAGUGAUGACAGCAGUUCACAUGGAUGUAAAAUAAGUACAGCUCCACAGGAAUCCUGAAAAAUAAUUCUAAUGUCACUAUCUUAGGAAUAGCAAAUUGUGUCCAGGCAUAGAGAAGAAAGCUUGCUAAUGAUAUAUUCUUACCUAAAGCUCACUCUCAUGAUAUUAGAUAUUUAAAUUCUUAAAGAUGGUGGAUUGUUUAUUAGUGGUAUGCAUUUUUAUGUUGUCUAACUUUUAGCCAAGCUUCUGUAUAAAGCUAAAAGCCUGUGAAUGCCAUACUAUCCUUUAUUGCCAAAUAUUAUUGGUAAACAAGAUACUGCCCUCAAGUGAAACGAGUUAUGUUUAAAAGAAAACCUAGUUGGUUUUAUUGAAUUUUAAAAGAUAGGUAAACAGGGAGCAUAUAAAAUCCAGAUAGGGCAUUCCUUCCACGUCAAUGGAGCAGUUCCCGUAAACACAGCGCAUGUGAUGUUAGCCACUGUGAACAGUAACCCCGUAGAUCAGACUGCCUCUCUCAGACAUAUGGCUGAUAUUCUGUGGAUACCUCCCCUGCACUGGCAAAAUACUUUGCUUUGGGUGUUUGAUUGAAAUAUUUAAGAGUAUUUAAGCUUCCCACUAUUUUAUCUAUUUCGUACUUAGAAGGAAAAUGUUAUCUUAUGAAUAGAAACAUUAAUGUUUACAGCUUAGGGGAAAAAACAAAUAGUGCUAGUAAUUUUACUUGUAUUUGCAGUCUGUAGAUUCAGAAAUAUGUUUUCAUUGUCCAACCAUCAGCUUAAGCAAAUCAUUUCUGGAAACUGUUUGUUUUCAUUAUUGUGUAAUUAGCAUUACAGGUUAAUAAUUUAUUUUUUGACCAAAUAUGUAAUUCUUUCAUUAGAUAACUUUUAUUAUCAGUGGUGGCUACUUAUAACUUAUUUUUAAGUCAGAAGAAUGAUCUUGUAAAAAUUUACAAAUUUAAUUGUUUAAUAACUAUUCCCGUAAUUUUAGACAGGAUGUCAACUUGCUAACUUCAAAAUUUAUUAUUUGUUUCUUAAGAACCCCUUUUUUUAGACAUCUGCCUGAAGAUUGGUAUAAUUUUAAUGAAAUGUAUUGUCUUAAUGGCCCAAAGAUAAGAUGUCUCAGAUAAUCUACUUUGAACUUCAAAUUUCAGAUAAGGCAGCAUAUUCUUGAGAUAAUUAUCCAACUUUCCUCCUCAUUUAAUAGUACAAAAUAUAUCUGUGGACGUACAAAAUAUAUCUGUGGAACUAACAAGAAGAUAUUUCAAAUAACAGGGAUAACUUGUUGCUUUGAUUAAAUGUUACCCAGUCUAUAUGGAAGACAG